UUAGUUUAUUGUUAUCGUUCGCUUGGAAAUCAUAUUUUUUUUGACAUGUAUCAGUGAUUACUUAUAUUUUAACAACUUAAUAAUCAAAAAUACAGUAAAAUGUUUUCCCUUUUUUUGUUAUCAGUGAUUGUGCUAACCGUAAUUCCAACUGCGUUUUCCAAUGAUAAAGUAAUUGUUCAAACAAAUUGUGGACCGGUUCGCGGGAAACUAUUCGAAACCUUGUUCGAUAAACGGUCAUACUAUGCGUUCAAGGGAAUACCUUAUGCCGAACCGCCAGUGAAUAAGUUGAGAUUUAAACCACCAAAACCUAAACAACCAUGGACCGAUACAUUAGAUGCAUUCGAGUUUGGAAAUGUGUGUUCGCAGAACAUUUAUCUUUUUGGUGAACGAUCUCCUGCCGGGUCAGAAGAUUGCUUAUUUUUGAAUAUUUAUACACCAGAUGUUUCGGCGGAAAGUAAACGUACCGUCAUGUUAUUCAUUCACGGCGGUGCUUUUGUUGAAGGAUCAGGAAAUGACAACUUCUACGGACCGGACUUUUUUAUAAAUGAGGAUGUAGUGCUGGUAACGUUAAACUAUCGAUUAGGAGUGUUCGGGUUCAUGUCACUGGGUACACCAGAGUAUUCCGGAAAUAUGGGAUUGAAGGACCAAAACUUAGCUAUAAAUUGGAUUAAAAAUAAUAUUGAACAGUUCGGAGGUGAUGCUGAUAAAAUAACAGUUUUUGGACACAGUGCUGGCGCUGCUUCUACACAUUACCAUGUUCUAUCAUCAGAAACAAACUCGCUAUUCCAACGAGCUAUUGCCAUGAGCGGUUCUGCGCUAAAUAUUUGGUCGCGCUACGUUCCCAGCGAACAUAUGUUACACAUGUUCAUGAUUGCAAAUUUGGCUGGACAACGUCUGAAGACUAGCAAAGAGUUGAUAAAAUUCCUACAUACCGCCGACGCUCAAUUCUUUUUGGAGAAUAUUGAUACAUCCCUAUCGCUUGCUGGCGGCAGAAAAGAACUCGAAUUACUGUGGGCACCUGUCAUCGAAGGGAAAAAUGCCAAGAAACCAUUUAUUCAAAUGGGCGCAGAGGAUAUACUCAACAAUAAAUUCAAUCACAAAAUCGAUACAAUGUUCGGAUUUACCUCGGCUGAAAUGCUAUUCCUCAUUGCCGAUGAGAUUCGUGAUCCGAAACUAUUGGAAGCAUUCGAGCGGACAUUCGAAGUUCAACUGACUAGAAAUAAAAUGGAUACACAUUACGAGACUGAGGAAUACAAGAAGUUCGCCAAUGAAAUUCGAAAUUUCUACUUCGGAGUGGAUGGGCAAGUUUCCAAUGAAACAUUGGCCGAGUAUAAUGAUCUGUUGUCCGACGUAUUUCUAGUUCACGGAAUCGAUAAAUCAGCCAAAGCUCAUUCGAAAGGGAAAAGUUUUUAUUAUCGAUUUUCUGUUGACGCAACAUUAAAUGCGUUCAAGAUUUUGUUCAAAUUGGAAUCGGUGUUCGGCACAAGUCAUGGGGAUGAACUAUGCUAUUUGUUUAGAUGUCAUGUUUUCAACGAGAUCUACGAGAACAUUGCAGAUGAUUCCGUUGAAAUGAGAACAAUACGUGCCAGCACCAAAUUGUGGACGAAUUUUGCUAAAUUCGGAGAUCCGACACCGAACAACGAACCAAUAUCGUUCAAGCCAAUACAAAAGAACCUCAUCAAUUUUGUUGACAUCACAAAUGAAGGAUUAAUACCGGCACUCGGGCCGCAUAAAAAAUUUGUGGACUUUUGGACGGAUAUUUUCAGCAGAUAUGAAACACAUUUAGUUAAUUCAAAUGUUCGAGAUGAAUUGUAGACACUUUUAAUCAACACCAUCCGUAUUGUGUACACCCCAUGCCCGUUGCCAAAUUUAUAAGUAUCUUGAGACGUGAAUUUUAUAAAUUUCUAAUGAACGCCUAGAUAUUUUAUUGCUAUCUUGAUGACGGUUCGUUCAUUAACUAUUAAUUUCGUGAAUCAAUAUACUUCUCGUAACAUCGAGUUGCGAACCACUUGAUGUUAUUUAACUUUAAAACAUUGUUCGAAUAAAAUAUGCAUUACACCCA